GACCAGUAGCCUACUUCCUGAUCUUAAAAACAGGAGGUGAUCUGCAACAGGCGGAUACACGGACCUAAUUUCACAUCUCUGUGGCUAGACUUUAUCAAAAAAGGAGCUGUUUCGAACCACAAAUAUGACUUCGGAUCUGCCAGUUCUCCUCGCAGCAGUGUCAAUGCUAUCUGCUCUCCACAUGGCAUUUCAGGCAAGACGUGUAGGGUGGUCGAGGAUGAAGCAUAAAAUUAUGCCACCCAUUGUUACUGGACCACCUGAGUUUGAAAGGACAUUUCGUGCACACCAGAAUAGUGUAGAGUUUUAUUCCAUUUUCCUGGUGGUAUUGUGGAUCUCUGGCAUCUUUUGCAAUGAAGUGCUUGCUGCUCUUGGAGGAAUCAUGUAUAUUGUGGGCAGGGAGAUGUACUUUACUGGCUAUAUCAGUGAAUCCAAAAAAAGGUUGCGAGGGUUUUACUUGAUACUGUGUGUCCUGUUAUUCCUAACUGUGAUGGCUACCAUUGGAAUCAUUCAAUCAUUUUUGGACAAAUAUCUCAACAUCAGACUUUUCUAAAGACUUUGAUUCUUAAUUUGAAAAAAGAAAA